UUCAAGUCGAAGUCGGUCAAUGGCGGAUGAAUGAAAUAAAGAGCUCAAACCCGCUUAUCGUAGCGAACUUAUUAAAAUUAAUUCGUAAACAAAUACUAUAUUUCAUUAUAACAGGAGUUGCUGUUUUUGAAAAGUCGAAAAAAAUGUCUCGUUCUGUGCGGGCAGAAACUAGAAAUCGUGUUAAAGAUGAUAUCAAAAGAGUCAUGCAAGCUGUGGAAAAAGUUCGCCAUUGGGAGAAAAAAUGGGUGACUAUUGGUGAAACGACAAUGAAAAUAUAUAAAUGGGUUCCAAUAUCUACGAAUGAGCAAAAGAAGAAACACGCGGCUAAACGUGAAAAUAAGGAGAACACAUUGACUCCUAAGAAAGUACACGAUUCUUCAAACUCCAACUUUGGUAUGGCGGAGGAUUCCAACACAUGUUUUUCAACAGUGAGUGAUUCCCAAGGGCCCACAGAGUUUACAUCAACAGCAAUGAACUUCUCUGAGGACUCCAACUCCCAGAGUAGUGGCACCACAACUCCAGCGAAGCGGUUAAAAACAGACUGAGGCUUGCUGAGUACCAACAUAUAGCUGCAAGCCCGCAGGUGGAGACUGUGCUUACAUACAGACAAUGUGAACUUGGUGGUAUGUUCGUGAGUUAAGGAGUGUGCAUUCAAGGAGCUAGCAACUAUUUACCACAUACUGCCACAGAUGCAUUCAUGCUUAUAGUAUAAUUUUAUCAAACUUGUGACUCUUUAUAAGAAAGGUGUUCUCAAUUAAUUACGGUCACCAUGACCAAGAGUGAUUUCAUUUAUUUUACUGCUAGCCCAAUUCUUGCUAUUUAGAGAUGAAACGGAUAGUUCUUUGAUUGUAUACAUGAUGCUGUCUACUCGGCCAACCUUAAGGCCAAAUAUUAGGCUGAACAUAGCAGACUCAAACAUACCUGAACACUUCAU